GAAUGAAGAAAGGAAAAUGGAUUGAAUUUGGUCAUAAAUUUCUAAAGUAAUAAGUUGAUAUUUCCUAAAAAGUGAGAUACUUUAGGAGUUUAAAUAAAAAUGAUGAAAAUAAUUUUAGAUUUUAUUUGAAUAUUUAGAGUUUAUGGUUUAAAUGAUGAUCAAAAAUAAAAAACCAAUAGCUUGAGGUUUGGAAUAUUAUAAUAAAAUAUUAAUAAUUGUAUGGAAGUAUGAAAAUGAAAUGAAGCAAGAAAUUAGGAAUAAAAUAAGUUAAUGUGAAUUGUAUAUAAAAAUGAAUUAUUGAAUAAAAUUAGAUGGAAAUGUAAAAAUAAAGAAAAG